AUUUAACCUCUUGAUGACUCACUCGAAACAGACAGCUGACGGAAAAGUGAGAGUGAAAUUCAAGAGGUGGUAUAUACUUUUACUUAAUCUUUUAUUAAUUCCUGACAGCAUGGCAAAUAAUAGUAGCUACAGAACUGUCUAUGCUUUCGCUAGGGAGAUGUAUCCAAGGAAUAUCAAGGCCCAUUUGCAAUAUGGAACUGCUGGAUUUAGAACCAAAGCUACAGAUUUAGACCAUGUUAUGUACCGUAUGGGACUACUUGCUGUCCUCAGGGCAAGGUACAAGAAAGCUGUUAUUGGUGUUAUGAUCACUGCUUCUCAUAAUCCUGAACCUGACAAUGGUGUUAAAUUGGUUGAUCCCUUUGGAGAAAUGUUGGAACAGUCAUGGGAAGCGUGGGCAACAAAAUUUGCCAAUGUCGUUGACGACAAAUUAGAAGACACUAUAAAUGAAUUAAUAAAAGAAUACAAUAUCACAAAUAUGAAUGACAGGGUAGAAAUACUUGUAGGAAAAGAUACCAGACCUAGUAGUAUCCAUCUUUCAAAAGCUGUGAUGGACGGGGUAUUGGCAUUAUCAGGAAAACCUAUUGAUUACGGUAUCGUUACCACGCCCCAACUACACUAUUUUGUAGUAUGCAAAAACACCAACAGAUUAUAUGGUCAACCUACGGAAGAAGGAUACUAUAGAAAGCUUACAAACGCCUUCAAGAAAUACAGAGGUAGUGUCUUUUCUCAAGGAAAUUACGUUAACAGAGUAAUAUAUGAUGGUGCUAAUGGAGUUGGAGCGAAAAAAGUUAAAUAUCUAAAAGAAGCUUUGCGAGACACCCUACUGAUAGAAAUGUACAAUGAUGAAAUCAUCGGAUCUGGAAAACUUAAUCAUUUGUGUGGAGCUGACUAUGUCAAAUCCCAGCAAUCCUUUCCUACUGGUCUUCCUGUCGAGACGAAUGUUAGGUGUUGUUCAGUUGAUGGUGACGCUGAUAGAAUAGUUUAUUAUUAUAUGGAUGAAAAUAACAAAUUCCAUCUCAUGGACGGCGACAGAAUAGCAACAUUAGCUGCCUCUUACCUCAAAGAAAUUCUUCUGGAUAUAGGAAUUGAUUUAAAUUUAGGACUAGUGCAGACAGCUUAUGCGAAUGGAGCCUCUACAGAAUACAUAUCGACUAAACUGAAUGUUCCUGUAGCUUGUGUGUCAACUGGUGUGAAACAUUUGCAUCACAAGGCUUUAACUUAUGAUAUAGGAGUAUAUUUUGAGGCCAACGGCCAUGGAACUGUUGUUUUCAGUAAUAAUGCCAAGGAAAAAUUGAUAUCAGCAACAGAAAGUGACAGUUGCACUGAAAAACAAAAACAGGCUAGUAAAAGACUCCUGACUUUGAUUGAUAUUAUAAAUGAAACUGUCGGAGAUGCAAUUGCAGACAUGUUAUUAGUCGAAACAAUACUUCACGCCAAGGGAUGGAAUAUAUCACAGUGGGAGGCUUGCUAUACUGAUUUACCAAAUCGACUCUUGAAAGUGACUGUUAAGGAUCGCAAUGUAAUUACAACAACAGAUGCAGAAAGAAUCUGCGUUACACCUAACGGCCUUCAAGAUGCAAUAAACUCUUUGGUUGUGAAAUAUGAUAAAGGGCGGUCUUUCGUUAGACCUUCGGGAACUGAGGAUAUCAUCAGGGUAUAUGCGGAAGCAGCCACAAGGAAGGAGGCUGACAAACUCGCAGCUGAGGUGGCUUUGAAAGUGUAUGAACUCGCUGGUGGAAUAGGAACUGCGCCAGAAGUACCACAAUAAGCCACUUCAUUUAUACUUUUCAUUUUUAUAUACUUUUGUCUUGAUCAUCAACCUACCAAGGUCGUUAAAGUGCUACAAAUUUCCGAGUAUCGACUUGGUAGUAUUCAGUGCUGAUGUGCAAUAUAAGAAAAACAAUGGUAGGAUUUUAAAUCCUAAUUAGUUUUUCAAACAUCUUUCAAUUUUACACCAACGAAUUUUGAAGACUUCGUAUUAAAAUUUGUCAAUACAUGAUUGAAAAAGUUUCUAUACUGUGCACAAGUUCAGUAUUCAGAGAUAGAAAUUUAAUCAGAUUUGAUUUUUGCCAUAUCCAUUUGAUACAUUAAUUAUGAGAAAAAUAAUGAGGGAACUAUUGAAAAUACUAAAAAUAACAGGAUCGAAAUUUUCAAUAGUUGGAUAUGAAUUUUUUUUUAUUUUUGUCAUUUUUCAUCAAGUUCAUCGUUUGCAUAUAAUAGACAUUUCACUUAUU